GAAGGACUGAACGCGAGUCAGAUGCCGAGGCUCACGCCGAAUCCCGAGUCAAGCAGCACAACACGUUCAGGCGCGUGCGCCAAUGUCCCUCUCCUCCACUGCUUCAACCUCACCAUCUAAAAUCUCACCAUGGCCAGCUCCAACACCGUCUCCACAGGCGAGAAGAGCUAUUUCGAACAGCAACGCGAGCUCCUCUUGACCGAUGUUGCCAAUAGCCUCGAGAACGUGCUCCAGAACAUCAACAAACUGAAUCGCAGUCUAGAGGGUGUCAUUGCAGUCGGCAAUGAGUUCGGCCAAGUAGAGGGUCUCUGGUCCCAAUUCGAGAACGUCAUGGCCAAGGAUCCCGAGAGCGCGACAGCGAGGGAGAGCAAAGAGGCUGCGACAGAUGAGCAGGCCUGAUCCGACACUCGCCAUUCGGAACCAUGAAGAUGACAUGGAUGCAUUUCAUUCAACAGCCGUGACCUAUCCAGCCCGUCUCAGCCUGCAACGCC